AAAAAUUAAUCAUGUUUUAAACAAUCGCGGUCGAAAAGAAUGAUGGCGCUGUGAUCGUUUCGUACCAUUCAUCGUUAACAGUUAAUGUAACUGCAAGUCUAUUUUUACCGAUAUAAAGUUUUAAUAUCUAAUACAAUUAACAAUUAUUCUAAGCAUGACUAUGGCAAUGAAUUACUUUGCGAGUAAUGAUUGGAAUAAAAAUCAAUAUCAAAAUUUAAAUGACAUACGCACCCAUCAAAGCACAACGACAAUAACAACACGGACCGUCCUUAACGUUAUAGUACUUGGCUUUUGUUCGGCUUUAAUAGUAUUUUCAUUUUGGAAUUUCAAUCAAUAUGAUAAGGGCAAAGUAUCUAUAUUUUAUCUUCAUACGAAUGAAAUACUUACGCGAACGUCUAAAAAAUUUUUAUCUUUUGGACUCGAUACAUCCCUACUGAGGAACAUGGAAAAACUUCCAAUCGCGGACGAAAGAUUUAUUAAUUUGGCGCGACAUUUAAAUCCUGCAUUUAUUAGGAUUGGAGGAACAUCGGCCGAUUGUUUAUUUUUUAAUCAGACUCAUACAACAUCUGCACGAAUAAUAAGUCCCUUUGAUGAUCAAGAUAUUAGUAACUUUACUAUUACUAAUAUGGAUUUUGAAUCGUUAUACAAAUUUACGAUACAAUCCCGUUUAAGGAUGCUUUUUGAUUUGAAUGUAUUAAUUAGAUAUCCAAAUGGUACCUGGGAUGAUACUAAUGCUCAAGAUAUUAUUUUAUUUGCAAAAGGAUCAAAAAUGAAUCUAGAUUGGCAAUUAGGAAAUGAACCAAAUUCAUUUCAUCAUGUAUUUAAUAGAACGAUAACGGCAGAACAACUUGCAAAAGAUUAUUAUCAACUACGUAAUCUAUUAAAUAAAGUAGGUUACCAAAAAAGCUUUCUUGUUGGACCAGAAGUAAAUCAUAUUGGAGAUUCCAAUAAAGGUCAAUCUUACGCAGAAAUAUUUUUGGAAAAGGAUAAAGAUAGUAUUAAUUAUGUUACUUGGCAUCAAUAUUAUUUGAAUGGACAUGAAGCCCAAGUUAACGAUUUUAUAAAUCCUUCAACAUUCUAUUUUUUGCCAAUGCAAAUUGAUAGCAUGUUAAAAACUAUUAAAAAAUCAAGAAAAUCCAUUUCUAUGUGGUUGUCUGAGACUAGUUCAGCAUAUGGCGGAGGAGCUCCAGGUUUAUCUGAUAGAUAUAUUGCAGGAUUUUUGUGGUUAGAUAAAUUAGGAUACAGUGCUAAAGCGGGUAUAAAUGUCGUUAUAAGACAAUCCUUAUUUGGUGGAUAUUAUGCUAUGAUUGGACCAGAUCUUUUACCAAAUCCAGAUUGGUGGAUUAGUGUGAUAUACAAACAAUUUGUAUCUGAGAAAGUAUUAAAGAUAUUAUCUCCAAAAUCUUCUGAGUACAUUAGGAUUUAUGCACAUUGUACACCAAAAGCAUCUUUGAUAAAUCGUGUUCCCGCUAUUACUAUAUACGGAAUGAAUCUAGAUAAAUCUUCUGCAAAGAUCAUAAUUCAAGGGAUCUUUCAUAGGCUAAAUAAAAACAUAAAAAUUUUUCUAUAUAGUUUAACAUCUGAUCACCUGACCUCAAGAAACAUAAGAAUGAAUGGAGAAAUAUUGAAACUGCAAAAUGAUGGUAAAUUACCGCCUUUCCAUCCUAUAAUUAUGAAUCCUACCCAAAUAAUUAUUCUACCACCAUUUUCAAUGGUAUUUAUGGUAAUACAUGGAGUUCAUGUUCCUGCAUGUAUUUCAUAAUAU